AUGCCGGCCAUCAAGACUGACGAGCUCAAGGAGAUCUUCAACCUCUACGACGAGGAGCUCGACGGCAAGAUCGAUGGCACCCAGGUCGGAGAUGUUGUCCGCGCCGCCGGCCUCAAGCCCACCAACGCCAUGGUCACCAAGGCCGCCGGCAAGGAGUACAAGAAGCGCGGCGAGAAGCGACUGACCUUCGAGGAGUUCGCUCCGAUCUACGAGCAGUUGGCCAAGGAGAAGGAGCAGGGAACGUUCGCCGACUUCCAUGAGGGACUUAAGGUGUUCGACAAGGAGGAGUGUGGAAAGAUCAUGGCCGCUGAGCUGAGACACGUCCUUUUGGGCAUUGGCGAGCGACUGAACAAGGACCAGGUUGACGAGAUCAUGAAGGGAACUGAAGACGGAGAGGGCAUGGUCAACUACGAAGCUUUCAUCCGAAAGGUGAUGGCUGGCCCAUUCCCCGACCGCGAA